ACAAAAUACAUGAAGAGAAUUUUGCAGCAAGUAGUUCAGGUAAAGUGAGCUGAACUCUCUGAAGCUAACCAAGCAUAUAUUCCCCAUGAUGACUUGGGAAUAUCUUCUAUUGUUUGUUUGAUCAACUGGACGAUUUAAACAUUUCCAAUAAUUGACCAACCUCUAACUCUCCAGAUGAUCUACAAUACAGUAAGACAAAUGUUUGGUUUAAAUUAUUGGCCAGCUGUAAUUUUAGAUGUUUUAUCCACUGGUAAAACAUAAUAUUUCAGAAUUUAUCACAAACUGCUAAAACAAAUUAGAUCCAUAUUUUGUGAAGUUUAGAAGAAUGAGGGGUGACACAAUAAGAUCCCAAGGGGCAAAACUGGAUAACUGCUGAGAUAUUUCCACUGGUAGCAGAGUUUUGAAUAAGGGGAUAGAGUAAUAAGGGGAAGGUUAUUUUAAAAUGAGGUGUUUUGGAAAUUCUCCACGCAGAGCGCUGAGCCUCUGAAAAUGUCUACACGAGAGGUUUAUGGAAGCUGAAUCACUGGUGGUAUUAAAGAGAGAAAAAUAAAUUUUGUAAAAUAGAGAAAUUAAGGGCUACAUAGAACUAUCACAAAAGUUGAGGUCUGGGGCAGAUCAGCCACAAUUAUAUUGCAUUACAGAACAAACUUAUGGGGCCAAGUGGCCUACUACUGCUCCUGUUUUCUUGUGUAUUUAAUCAGGAAUGGCUACACUAAUUUUCCCUCACUGAGUUUACAGGCGUGACUACCAAGUUUGUUAAAAUUGCAUUCUUUGGAAAUUCAGAUUAAUGUAAUUUCACUGAAUAAUUGUGAAACUAUCUUAUUUCUGUCACGCAACAGUACAGUAAAUUGAGUGAUUUUAUCAUUCAAGGUUUUGACAACGUACUAAGAAAAUAAUGUACCAUUUUGUUUUCAACUGAGAAACUAAAGCUUUGGUCAACAAUGGUAAAAUAAGAAUAAUAUUUGGAUAAUGUGGCUUUAUUUUUUGAAACAUUUCUCUACUCGAGUAGUUUACCUAUUAAACCUUUACAUUAUCUGGUUGGAGCUAUUUUUUAAUUACUAAUGGUUCAUCAAGCUACACAGCUGUGAAACUGAAUAAUAAUCUUUGUUGUAGGACAACUUUUGAAAUCUGAAUAAACCAAUAUACAAGAUCAGAAAUACAGUGGUUGCAUCUUAAAGACCAAGUUUGUUGAAGCUUUUCAAAAUAAAACUCUGGGAUCUAAAUUUCUUUUGAUAUUUAAUACUUAUUAAAGCCCAGAACGACAUUCAACUAAUUCUGAACAAAGUAACGUUUUAACUCGUACAUCAAUGUAAAUACAAUGGUCGAUUUCAAUUUAGAGAACGAGAAAGCAAUAUUUUCCUUGAUUUCUGUCCAAAACCCUGAGCAAAAAAAGGGCGUAAAUUAGAGGAUCUUCGCAAUUGGUUGGAGGUGCUUCCUCUGGGUGGGGCUGAAGAUUUUCAAAUUACUUUAUCCUUCGACCAAAUAUAGAAAAUGAGCAUUGACAAUUGUUUUUUUUUGUCGAACCAAUCACAUUUAUUAUUUCUAAGCGUUACAUCGCUUCUGGCCAUACUUUAAUUAACUUUUUUACCCUGUUGCACGCCAGCUUUCCAUACAAUUGGCUUAAAACGACACGUCACGAGACUUCGCACACAAAAAAAUCUGACGUUUUUUAUUAAAGUGCAAAUACGGAUCAUGAAUGGGGGGGGGGGGGGAGAGAAAUGUUAACCUCUUCCUGGUUAGGAAGAUAAAUGUUAACCUCUUCCUGGUUAGGAAGAUAAAUAUCGCCUUUCUUGGCUCAGCCGACAGUGAGUGGAUACCUUCGGAGUGCGAUGCCUGUGCCGAACAAUCAUACCUUUACCUGUCACUCAGAGCAAAAAAAACAGACGCCUUCAUCCAGUAGUUUUCCACCUGACAUGUAGCAGAAAACACGUGUCCAUUAAAAAAGAGGCGGGGAAGACGACAAUGUUUGGGGGAAAAAAGUAAUUUGCACCACGAUCACCUCCUUGGUUACUAAGUGAGUUACACGUGACGGGGGCGCGCCUCACUCGCUGCCUGGGUCGCCGAUGCAAGUUCAAGAGCGGAGCGGCUGCGGGGGGACAGGCUGCCGGGGUUAACGCAGGGCUGCCUCUGGGGACAGCAACAACCACCACCACCACCGGGGAAGCUCGCAGCGCCACAGGGAUCGGUGGGAACUCAGCCGGUUCCUUAUGUCCCGUAAAUCCAGCGGUAAUGAGUACAUCCUGAGCGAUCUGAGGGGGGAGAGGAAGAUGGAGCGAGAGGAGGGGCAGCGGGAGGAAGUGGUCGGCGAGCGCAGCCUGAUUAAACCGCUGGGCGACAGCAGCGGCGGCGGCAACAACAACAGGCAGUUCGCGGCCAUGGCAACCGGGGCCGGGCUCGAACGGGCGGCCCGCAAGCAGUUCCAGGGCAACGGCACCUCGAAAUUCGUCUACACACUCUCCGCCUUCGCAGCCCUGGGCGGCUUCUUGUUCGGCUACGACACCGGCGUCGUGUCCGGAGCUCUGCUGCUGCUCAAGAAGGAGUUCGCCCUCAACGAGCUAUGGCAGGAGCUGGUGGUUUCGGCGACGGUGGGGGCGGCGGCCAUCUCGGCGCUGUGCGGCGGCGUGCUCAACGACUGCUUCGGCCGCAAGCCCUGCAUCCUCUUGGCGAGUUUUCUCUUCACACUGGGGGCCGUGGUGAUGACGGCCGCCAACGACCGCUACGCUCUGUUGUCCGGACGCGUCGUGGUGGGGCUGGGCAUCGGACUGGCCUCCAUGACAGUAACAGUAUAUAUUGCAGAAGCUGCACCCUUCCAUAUGAGAGGACGAUUAGUUACCAUUAACACACUUUUCAUAACUGGAGGACAAUGUUUUGCAAGUGUUAUUGAUGGAGCAUUUAGUUACCUCGAAACAAAUGGCUGGAGAUACAUGCUUGGGCUUUCGGGUGUUCCAGCUGUUAUUCAGUUCGUGGGAUUCCUUUUCCUUCCAGAAAGUCCACGAUGGCUAAUGCAGAAAGGCAAGACUCAGAGAGCACGCAGAGUACUGAGUCGGAUUCGUGAAACCCAAAAUAUUGAGGAUGAAUAUGAGUCCAUCAAAAAUAGCAUUGAGGAAGAAAAGCGGGAAGCAGGAGAAGGUGGUGCUGUGUUGUGGAAGAUAUUAACCUACCCACCAACCUUUAGAGCUCUAAUAGUUGGAUGUGGAAUGCAGCUCUUUCAGCAACUUUCUGGUAUCAACACAGUCAUGUACUACAGUGCAACGAUAUUGCAGAUGUCAGGAGUCCAAGAUGACAAACUGGCGAUAUGGUUGGCAGCAGUCACAGCAGGAACAAACUUCAUUUUCACAAUGGUUGGAGUUUGGCUGGUUGAGAAAGUUGGACGCAGAAAACUCACCCUAUGUAGUCUUGCAGGAACAACAGUAAGCCUUGUGAUUCUAGCAGUUGGAUUUUUAUUAUCAGCUCUAACAUCACCGCCUAUAAUUCUCCACCCCAGAGACCCUUCAGGACAUAAUGUCAGCUGUGUUAAUUACAAAUUUUGCGACAGUUGUAUGUUGGAUCCAAACUGUGGCUUCUGUUUUAAAAUGCAACAUCCCAAUGUAACAGAAACAUCAUGUGUUCCUGUGAGCAACAGAUCUGACACCAUUGCUGCCUGGGGCAGGUGCAGCAAUGAGGCAGAGUUUAAGAAGGAAGGAUUAUCUUGGGCAUUCAACUUCUGCCCCACAAAAUAUUCCUGGACUGCAUUAAUGGGUCUUAUCUUGUAUCUUGUCUUUUUUGCACCAGGAAUGGGUUCUAUGCCUUGGACAGUGAAUUCUGAAAUAUACCCAAUGUGGGCAAGAAGUACAGGGAAUGCAAUGUCUUCUGGAGUUAACUGGAUUUUCAAUGUCCUUGUAUCAGUGACAUUUUUGCAUUUGGCAGGGUAUCUCACAUAUUACGGUGUUUUCUUCUUGUAUUCUGGUCUUGCUACUUUAGGGUUAUUCUUCAUAUAUGGAUGCCUUCCAGAAACUAAAGGAGUAAAGUUGGAGGAAAUUGAGAGCUUGUUUGACAACCGACUAUGCACAUGUGGCCUUUUGGAUUCUGAUGAAGGUCGGCACAUUGAAUAUAUUCGAGUGAAAGGAAGCAAUUAUCAUCUUUCUGAUAAUGAUACUUCUGAUGUAGAAUGAUCUGCUGUGGUGUCUUUUAUUAUUGCUCUAAAGAAUCAAGGAGUAUUGGUGUCCACCUACCCUGCUUCUGGCUUGGUGUCUGAUUCUGCACUUGGAUUCUGCUGCUUCAGUUUAAACAAAAAUAAUUGUUUUUUUUAAUCUCUCUAACUCCAGUGGUCAUUGUAAACAAUUGUAUUUUUGUUUUAUAGCCUCUAGACCACUUGUUCAAAGAACUGAAAAUGAAGAUGGCAUUGUGUGGUAUACAGGUGGGCAAACAAACAUAUUCUGAAUUACAUGUUAACAGCACUUGCUGCUGCCAUUAGGUUCUGCAUCUGUCACUAAAAGAUGUGGAAAAUAGGCAUUUCAGAUUAUUUUAUCUUUUACGUUCAAAAACUAUAAUCUUUAAAAAAAAGACAACCAUUUUAGUUUAAUUUUAGUAUUCUGAUGUGUUAUGAUGUAAAGCAAGUAUCCAAAAUACUCUGGUGUUGUUUAUUCAAGUGCUGAUAGUCUGUAUCGUGUUCCUGCUCAUUUUCUCUUCUGGCAAACACCGAUUUUUUUCUUCAGGUCUACACAGAAGUUGAACUUUAUGAAUUUUCUCACAAGCAACAACAUGACUGUUUGUCAUCAUUAUCUACUUUCACACAUUCUAGCGAUCAGAUACAGAGUUCUUUACAAAUCGGGCAUCUUCGAUAAUGAAUUCCAUAAAGACACAUGUAGUAGAAAAUAACUUUGAAAGGAAUAUUAAAAAUAUUAUUUAAAAGGUAGUCUUAAUUGUGGAUGGGAAGUACAUUUCCAGUGCCUAAUACAAUUGACAAAGUGCUAUAAGGAUUUAUAUGUAAUUAUUUCAAUAGACACUACCAACUUUUUUUAAGUUAAUUUUUCAGCCUUCCCUGCUUGCUGUUUAAGUCUCAAGUCUGACAAGGUACCACCUUUGAUGAUUGAACAAAAUCUGUGUGUUACGUAACAACAUAUAUAUCAUACUUUCAUACUUUGGUGUUUCAAAUAGUGUUCAAAGUCACAAAGUAAUUUAACUUGUUUCUGAAAUGCAAGAUUACAAAUUCUGACAAGAAUACUACAUGGGGUCUUUGUCUGCAAUUUUUUUCAUUUCUGUUUUUAUGAAAUACUCUUUUUAGCAUGUGAUUUGGAGGUGGUGUUUGUAAUUUUAUGUAGCAGACAAGUGGCCUUUGACUUUCAAUUUUCUAUCAUUGCCAGCAUUAGGUGCUAAAGGUUGACAGUUUAUAUUAGUUAUCACAACUCUGCCAAGGUCCAACAAGUACUUGUAGGAACUGGAGAAGGUAAAACAAAAUAUAUAUUGGAUCAGGGUAGGUAUUUCUUAAUUUGUAUAAUUAUUUUGCUGCCUAUUUUCUCUCAUCUGAAUCAAUGAUUCCUAUUUUGUUGGAAAUAGAGGCCAGUCAUCUACAAUUAUCUUUGUAACCAAAGAGAUUUGGACAUUCCUGUGGUGAAAACUGCAUCCCACAGAAGUAAAUAUGAAAAAAGUCCAUUCUAUUGGAAUAAAAUGUAGCCAUCAGAUCUCUAGACAGACAGCCUUUUAAUAUAGCAUCAGAUAGCGUAGUGCGAUAAUAUGUAGCAGUUGUUUAAAAGGUAUCAAUGAAAACCAAAUACUAUUUGAUAUCUGCUGAAAUGCAAAAGGGAAACAUUCACACCAAAUUGAACACCUACUUAAUUUAUAUUAAAUUCCUCAUCAAAUCUAGUACUUUUAGUACAUUAAUAUGAACCUACUUCAUUUGUUAAAUUAUGGUUGGUUUACAGCAUUUUUAAAGAUGGACAGACCAAAAAAUGCAUUCUUUUGCAUUGCAGUGUGAAGUAAUUAUGUAGAUUUUGUAUUUGAUUUUAAAAUAGAACAGCCAGAGCGUAAUGUAUCCAAGAAUUCAGUGCUCUGAAAUGUAUAAAGAAGUCACUGUUAACUACAAAAUAACCUCAAAAGCAUUGAUAAGUAUCACAACUCCAACAGAAACUGAUGCACAUUUUAUAUCUGAACAACUUCAUAUUAAUUUUGUUUUGUUUCUGGUCCCUUGUGUAGAAGAUGGUAAGCUUGCUUUAAAGUUGUAGUCAGUUCUUAAUACCUUAAAGGGAAUUACAAGAGUUAUAGUUUGGUCCAAUGGGACUAUUUUUUCCCCUCUGAAACUUGGAAUCCCACACUAAUGGAAUGGGUGUCUCCAAUAUUUCUCCACUGUAAUUUCAACAGUUAGUCCACUUGUUGACUUAGUACAUGUCAACAUGAACUCUUUCCCGCUCAUCCCAGCUGUGGAAGUCAGUGAAAAUUCUGUACUUGUGCAAAAGAAGAGGGUCAUUCUUCUGAGAUCAGCAUUAUACUUUGUGAUAUUGCUGUAUUUGUUAAGAAAGUGCCUCAAGUCACUACAAAGCAAAAAUGGAAAAAGAAUUGUGUUAUCAGUGACAUCAUUCACCAAAGCUUGUAAAUUCACAAUAAGCUAAAUCGCAAUUAGGUGUGUAUUAGCCAGAUAUGUCAAAGUGACAGGUAAAGUCAAUUUGCCUGCAGAUUUACUAACAAUCUAAAAGCUACACAAAGUGUGCUAAUUAAUUAUUGCAAUGGUUUCACUGUACACAUUUUACAAUUUGGUCUAGUGUUCCAACUGUCCACACUACAUAAAAAUCAAAAUUGCUAAAUGCUUGUGUUGUACUAGUAUAUUUCUAUAUGGAACAGAUUGUUCUGUUUACUUUAUUGAUGUAAAAUGAUUCUAAUUGUAAUAUUGAUACCUGAAAGAGACUAUUGCAGAGUUAAAUAUAUUUUUCAUGCGGAAUUACAUAGAGAUGGAGACCAUAAAUUUGGACGAUUUAUUUUUAAAAUUUGGACAAUUUAUUUUUAAAAUUUGUUAGUUUUAAUGCACUACGUAUAAAGGAGCUGCGCACAUCUUCAGAGUAAGAAUUUAACUUCAGAAAUGGUGUUAUCUUUAGAUGAUAUGUAUAAAUGAAUGAGGGGAGCUUUUUUUGGAUGACGGAUGUCUAACAGUAAAUAUUUUUUGGAAGAGUACUUUGUGUAGCUAGUUGAAUAUAUUGGGAUUACCAAGGUAAUCUUUACAAUGUACCAAGAAUUGUAUUCCAAAGCUACUAUGAAAAAGAAUGGUGGUCAUAAACAACGAUACACAUGAUGAAUGUAAAGUUUACAAAUUAAAUAAUACAGAUAUUUAUAAACACCUGUACAGCACUGUUUAACAUUAAAAUUAAUGCUCCAGUGAAACUUAUUAAUAAUUGGGAUCUAUUUUUCCUUUAUUCUGUGAUUUUUUUUAAUGUUCUGUUUCAGAUGAACAGUGCUCACAUGAAUCAAUUAUUCACCAUUUGUUAAAUGAAUAGAAUUUUACAACAUUAAAUAAAACCUUGCAAUACUCAAAAGAAGUUGAUUAUAAUAACUAAUUCAAAAAAAUGUAGAUAUAUGUUUUAUAUAGUACAGGAAAUGAAAGAUCACGAUGAGAUGUAUAAUUUAGAUACCUUGGCAAUUCUGACACAGUAUUCAGUUUUUUUAAAAAUGGGUAUUGGGGGUAUUGAAAUCAUCUGGGAGACCUUAACUUUAUUAAAAUCUGAUAUUUGUACAUUAGUGUUGUAAAAUUAUUUGUUAAUGUUGCUGUACAUGUUUUAAUAGUUAUGCUUUCUAUAAAAUUAUAUGGAUCUAGUUAUUGAAUUGUUGACUAAUAAAUAAGCUGUCAAGGAAAAAAAUAAACAUUUAGUUGAUCAGCAACAUCAUGUUAUCUUCAAAUUUAAUUUGAUACUUCAAACUUUUUAACUUUAACGUAACAAUGUCAAAUUAGCGUUGUGGUGAAUGAGAAUCCACAAUUUACAAAUGUUAAAUGCAAAUAAGACCAAAAAUUAGUUUCCAAGUCUGCAACAUUCAAGUUAGUGUUAAGUAUCUAAGCAUUUAUACAUUCCUCUCCAGAAUCCAAACUAAAUUUUGAGAAUUUUUGCUGUGAAGUCCUUUAUUUUAAAAUCUCUCUUCAAUCUAAAGGCCAAGAGACGUGCAAUUUGCUUUUUGAUAAACUCCAUUUACCAAUUGAUUUAAUACAUUAUCAUUGGCAUGCAUGGCUUCAACCUGAAUAAAACACUUGGAUGAAAGAGGAAAUUUACCAUUUUCUUCUUAAGCGGCUGACUUUGAUCCCUACAUCAAUAUUAAGGAAGUAUGUUUUCUUUUGAUUUCACCUUCAGUUGUGUAAUCAAAGGGCAUAUCCAAGUAAUUAUGAAACAUGAGUAAUUUUAUGAAGGGUUUUGUUUCCUUUAGAAUUGUUAUUUGAUUUGUCCUUUGAGUUCUGUGUUAAAUUUACCUUCGAUCUCAUAAGUCUAUCAGACAGCUAAUGAAUGUUUUUCUCCCCAUGUGUAAACGUGACAUUACAAAGUCUGUAAUUUGAAAAGAUAAUGUUCUAUAUGCUGGAGGGUUUACCUGUUAAUUCCUUUCCUUUAAUUAUAUUCUGAAUGCCAGUUAAGUUGCAGACUUAAUUUUCAUUUUGAAAUAUUUGCUUUACGUGUUGAGACUCUGGAUUUUGAAUUUCACUGUUGCUGCAACUAUUUUGAAUCAAAACAGAUCCACUGUAGUUUGCAUUAAUUUUGAUCUUUCUUUCAUUUUUGGCUUUAAGACAUUCUGUGUCAUCCACUGCUUCCAAAUGAACCCUGCAGCCUAAAUUCAAAUCUUUUUCAGCUUGUGUAUCCAAACAGUGAAAAUAUUUAUUUAAUGGGCUGUAAUGACCCCUAGUGGUAUGCACAAGAUGGUUUUGGUUAUCUUCUACACUAGUUAGUUCUCUGCCAAGAAAAAAAUGGCUCUCUGCAAUGUCUGAUAAGUUGCACUGUAUAGC